AUGGGAGACGAUGAGGACGCGCAACAAGCGUCCAAUGGCCGGGAGGCCCAAGGCACAGCAGCGCAGCGUCUCCAUCAGGUCUCCUCACAUAUCACUGGGCCAGAAACUCAACAAUCUUCAAAAAGCAGAACGAAUAAGUCCAAUGCUCGGAAUGUUUCAAGUCCAUUGCCGGCAGAUCACUCGGAUGUCCUCGCACAGAUUAAGACACUACGCCAGAUUGCAGCUACUCCAAAUCUUAAGCACCGCGGCUACGUGCGUCAAAAACAAGCUGGCAAGCUUUGGGUCCGCGAGCGUAUCGAUGCGCUUCUUGAUCCUGGUACUUUCACUGAGAUUGGUUCCGUCUCUGGUACUGUGACAUGGAAGAAGACGGGCCCAAGGCGGGAAACUCCAGCAUCUUUCGUCCCAAGCAACAAUGUCCAAGGGGCAGGAUUGGUACGCGGUCGAAGGGUGCUUCUUACCGCCGAUGACUUCAGCAUUCGCUCCGGUCAUGCAGACGGUGCCAGCUCGGAAAAGACCGUAUACGUCGAGAAAUUGGCGGUUGCUCUGCGUCUACCGGUCAUCAAAUUAGUAGAUGGGAGCUCUGGGGGUGGCAGUGUGACGACUAUUCGACAGGCUGGAUGGAGUUAUCUACCAUAUGUGAGGCCCUUUAAGCCUGUCAUACAACAGCUAAAUAUGGGCAUUCCAAAUCUGGGAGCUGUUGUUGGGCCCGCAAUUGGACUUGGCGCGGCUAGAGUCGUCUCGUGCCACUUCUCUGUCAUGGCUGCUGAUGUUGGAGCGCUGUUCAAUGCCGGUCCAAAGGUCGUAGAAGGGGCUACUUUUGAAGAAGGAUUGAGCUUCCAAGACCUUGGCGGUCCCUUGGUCCAUUGCACGAAUGGAACGAUCGAUAAUUUGGCCGCCAACGAAGAACAGUGUUUUGAACAAAUUCGUGUCGUUCUCGGCUUCUUACCAAAUAGCGGAAGUGAUGCGCCGCCGGUGAUCCCUUGCGAUGAUCCUGAGGAUCGUGAAGACCUUGCUCUGCGAAGCAUAAUCCCUCGGCGUCAGGCGCGUAUGUACAAUCCCCGUGUUAUUAUCAACUCUGUGGUGGAUAAGGGCUCGUGGUUUGAAAUUGGCGCACUAUGGGGACGUACUGCCAUCAAUGGCUUGGCUCGUCUCGGAGGUCAGCCUGUUGGGAUCAUCUCUCUGAACUGCGAGGUCAAUGGGGGUGCGCUGGAUGCGGCCGGCAGCCAGAAGCUCACGCGUUUUCUGAAACUAUGUGAUGUGAUGAAUCUGCCCAUUGUGCAAUUCCUGGACGUCCCGGGUUAUGCCAUUGGUACAGUGGCCGAGAAGACUGCAACUAUGCGCUGGGGAGUCGAGUUAGCCAAGACAUACUUCACCACCACGAUACCCAUCUUUAACGUGAUCACUCGCCGCGCUUACGGUGUAGCAGGUGGUGUCAUGCUUGGAAGCCGGGACCCUGUCAUGCAAGUUGCAUGGCCCUCUGGGCAAUGGGGAUCUCUACCGCUGGACGGUGGAAUCGAGGUUGCACAUCGACACGAGCUUCGGGAAGCCGACAAGCUGGGUAAAAAGGAGGAGCGUUAUGCAGAGCUCGAGGAAGAAUAUUUAAGACUCAUGAACCCCGUUCGCACUGCGAAUGCAUUUGGCGUCGAGGAAAUCAUUGACCCGAAGGAUACCCGGCAAGUGUGUUGCGCGUGGACCUCGCACGUUUACACUGUUUUGAUGAAAGAAAGACUGGCAGAGAGAGCAUGUGGGAAGAUUCACCCCACUUUCGCCUGA